GUUGUAGCCGUACAAACUGGCGAACGUGAAGAUAUAGUUUGCUUCAAUGGAACUUUGGAUUGGAAACAGGAUUUGAAUAGAGCUGAAUCACCAUGCUUUGGGUAA